AUGGCAUCAAAACCAACGUGCAGUACAUCUGUUAAUAAACAAAAUAAAAAAAGGUGGUUAUCUGUGAGAGAAAAGCAAAUGAUAAAAUCGGUUUACGAGGGAUUGCGUAGAAGAUAUCAAGAUAUGCUUAAAGAGGACGUCGCGGCAUUGUGUGGAGAUUUAACGAAAGUAUCGGCUCGUACGGUUUUCCGAAUAAUUAAAGGUAACAAACCUAUCCAAAAACCAAUCCAUAAAGGACGUGCAAAAAUUGUAUUGGACGAUAGUACGAAAAGUAUAAUCCGAAGAAAAGUUCAUGGAUUUUAUUUGAGGAACGAACUGCCCACUUUAAAGGAUAUUCAACGAGAAGUUAAUGCAGACGCAGAUGAUACUUUAAAUAAAAUAUCCAUGAGAGUAUUACGAAGAACAUUACACGAAAUGGACUUUCGGUAUGUGAAGAGAAGUCGGAAAAGUUUGUUGAUCGAGAGAGACGAAUUAGUGAUAUGGCGGAGAAAAUAUUUGCAAAAAAUUCGUGAUUUUAGACGACUUAAUAAAAAAAUUUAUUAUACGGACGAAACGUGGUUGAAUGAGGGUCAUACGAAAUCGAAAGUAUGGCAAGACUUGAAUAUUAAAAGUGCGCGACAGGCUUUCAUUGAGGGACUUUCAACCGGCUUAAAAGCACCUUCGGGCAAAGGAAGACGUCUCAUUAUAACGCACAUUGGAAGUGAUUCAGGUUUUUUACAAGGUGGUUUAAAUGUGUUUACCUCAAUCAAAACGAGCGAUUAUCAUGAGGAUAUGAAUUCGGAUGUAUUUGAAAAGUGGUUUUCGUCUAUAUACCGACUCUGGUAG